CUCUUGUUGAGAGACAGAGCUUCUGAUUUUCCAUUUUGCCCCAAAAAAAAAAAAAAAAAAAAACUUAACAACGGAAAACUAACAGAACAUGGCGGCGGCAGUUGGAGCGGAAGCAAAACCAUUGAUUAAAGUAGCGGCUAUUUGUGGGUCCCUGCGUGAAGGUUCAUAUAACCGCGGUCUCAUUCGUUCUGCGAUUGAGAUAAGCAAGUCGUCAAUCCCCGGCGUGGAAAUAGAGCACGUGGAGAUCGCAGAGCUGCCACUGCUGAACACAGAUCUGGAGGGCGAGGGGAGCUUUCCACCGGUCGUUGAAGCAUUUCGUCAGAAGAUUCUAGCAGCUGAUAGCAUUCUCUUUGCCUCCCCUGAAUACAAUUACUCUGUCUCAGCACCUCUAAAGAAUGCACUUGACUGGGCAUCAAGACCCCCAAAUGUUUGGGGUGAUAAGGCUGCCGCAAUUGUAAGUGCUUCCGGAGGCUCUGGUGGUUCACGAUCCCAAUACCAUCUUCGCCAAAUUGGAGUGUUUCUUGACCUCCAUUUCAUCAACAAGCCAGAGUUUUUCUUAAAUGCAUUUGGGCCUCCUGCAAAGUUUGACAAAAAUAGCAACUUGAUUGAUGCAAAGACCAGGGAGAAUCUGAAGCAAGUUCUUCUGUCCUUGCAGGCUUUUACUUUGAGACUCCAAGGAAGAUAGUUGCUCAAGUUAUGUGUGAUUCAUUUUUCUCAUGCUAUUUCAAUUGUUAUCAGAGAAUGCGAGGCAAUUAAAGUGACAAAAUAAAGAGAGAGAUGUCCUCUUUCGAAGAUAAAUUAAAAUGGCUUGUUCAGUUUUCUCCUUUUUUCCUUUUGACAUCCUAUCUUUAAUUUUUACUUUUCUUAUUGUGUUUCCUGUUUUUAACUAUGACUAAACAAAGGAAAGGAUAUCCCGGAUGUCCA